GACCUACGUCAAGCCUGACUUCAUCGGCUUCACUACCUACUCGGACUUGAGGAACCUCUUGAAUACGCUCACGCUCAUGCUGACAGACAGCAAGAUGGCCUUCAACAGGAACAAGCAGGCGAAGGAGUCCCUCCUGAAGGGGCUGGCUGUGGUGGACCCCGCCAACUUAAAGGAGAUGGAGAUGAAGCACAAGAGAAAGAUACUCCAGAUGAAGACCAUCCUGGACAAUAAGUUGGACACGAAGCAGUUCAAGGAGAAGUUCGUGGACUCCUUCUCCAGGCCCCUCUUCACAAUCAAGAAGUUCGAGGGGAACAGGACGAUUAGGAUGCUAUUUAACUUGAACUACCUCGUCAUAGAGUUCUCCUCCAAGAAGGAGACCAAGACCUUGAUCUACCUGGCCAAGGACUUCGAGAUGUCCAACACGAUGAAGAUGGAGCUCCUGACCUGCAUCAAGAUGAGGGACUUCAUGACCAUGACCUCGGAGGCCGCAUUCGAGUUCGAAGACUACAACAUGCUCGAGUUGGCCUCCGACUGCUACUUGAUGAGGAAAGACUCCAAGAUCAAGUUCAAGGCGGCCUUCAAGAUGGAGAGAGGCCGGCUCAUCGUCAUCUUGAAGGUGGAGGUGGAAGAGAGGGACAAGAGCAGGCUCUUUUUGGAGGUCAUGAGGGAGACAUGGGACUUCAACAAGAACUACUUGGACAAGGAGUUAAUGUUCUCGAACAACAGCCUGGGGCCCUCCUUCGUCUCCUUCAACUUGAUGUCCUUCAGGGAUUUCAUCAACCACGUGACGAAGAGGUACAUCAUCAUGAUGAAGGGGGUCUCCGGCAAGAUCGCGAACCUCUUGAAGAAGCUCUUCACGAUGGAGACUAAGGAGGAGGUGGUGCAGGUCAGCGACAGCAGCUUCAAGAAGAUGGACUUCACGGACAAGAUCGAGAGCGUCAUGGAGCCAGACAGCAAGCCGAUGGUCAACACCAACCUCUUGUUCGCGGACCUGCCGAUCUUGAGCAAGGAGGUGGAGGAAGAGGAGGAGGACAACGAGAUGGCCUUGGAGGAGAUGUCUGUCGACAGCGACUUGAAGGAGAUGCUCUCCAGCGUCGCCUUGGAGCCCGCAUCGAACCUGACCAAGUUCUCCUUCACCAACCUUCACAGGGAGAUCAUGGAGAUUGUCAAGAAAUCCGUCCACAUCGCGAGGCUCAAGGAGGUGAUCUUCAAGUUCCAAAACAUCUUGACCCUCUUCGACAAGGACAAGGAGAUGAGCUACUCCAUCUUGGUCAAUAUCUUGAGAGACCACAACUACAACACGGAGGCUAUCUGGUUCAUCAUCGAAACGAUCGAGACGAACGACUUGAACAUGCUGGACGCGGAGAUGUUUAAGAAGGUCUUGAAGGACAGCAGGUCCGAGACGGUCGACAGUGAGUUGGCAAAGUUAGUCUCCUCUAAGAUGGGGCCGUUGUUGGCCUAG